UCCAUUUCUGAAGCUUACGUGACGUGAUUAAGACCUUCUGUCCUUUGCUCAAUCCGUUGCACCACACACAUACCCAUACGACCAUAUCCACGAAAAGUCAUCCGCGCACGCGCAUUCACCGAGCCGAGCGCGCCUUAUUCCCUUUCCUCUGCUGGUAUCUUCCCUCCCGGUUCCUCCCGCUCUCCGUCCCCUGGUCGGCCAUGCCGAGCGCCAGCUCGCCGAGCGGCCGUGAGCGCGCCCGCGGGAGGUGGUGCGCGCGCCGGGACCUUCUGACCGUCGCCGUCACGGUGAUGCUCUGCUCGGCGACCUACUGCUUCUCCAUAUGGCACAACGGGCGCAACGCGCCGGACAAGAUCGUCCUCGGGCGGACCCCCUUCUUCGUCGCUGGCGCCGCGACGUGCAGGGGCGACGCCUCGGGGCUCGACUUCGAGACCCAUCACACCGCCGAGAGGGCCGGGCUCUCCGUGUCGUCGUCCUCGUCUCCGACGGUCACGGGGCGCCGGGCAUUGCGCGCGGCGGUGGUGCCCGUAGACGGCACCGUGCGCGGCCGCGUCGCGUUGGCGGGGAACUCGGCCGGCAGCCCGGAGGACGCCGACGGCAAGGAGUGGGCACGGGUCAACGGCGACAAGCUCCGGGUCACUCACGCCGGCGCCGUGCGUGCGUAGGACGCAGUCAUCUACCGGCUCGUCCCGGCGAUAGCGACGACGGAGCCAUGCAUUCGGAAGCUACAGUAUACUAUAGUAAAUAAUUUACUCAAGCUGCAGUCCUUUUUGGAUCUAUGUUUGUGAAGAUAAAAUAAUUCAGGGCUGUUUUCGCGUAAUGUCAUUGAUUGAAGUGGUAGGGACUAGUUGGAAUUUAGGUGGUCGAUGUAAUAUCAUUGCCGAGAGUGUUUCGGAUGUUUCGUUCGUCUGAUCGGACUAUUCCGACGGCAGCUUUGCACUUUAGUGGGAGGCCAAAUCAAGGAAAGGCGACGCCGCCGGCAACCACAGCCACUGACGUCUUCAACCAAAAGAGUUGACCGCGCAUUUGCUUUCCAUCGUCAUCAGUGGAGAAAAACCACUACAACUUGGAGUAGUGUGCACAAAAAUUAAAUGUCGUUUCUCGUUUGA